AUGGCGGACGAAGGUGGCUGGAGUACUAUCGAGUCGGAUGAGGGUGUUUUCACCUCGUUGAUAGAGAGCCUUGGGGUCAAGGACGUCCAAUUCGAAGAGCUUAUAUCUCUCGACGCAGACACCAUCCGGUCGUUAAGCCCCGUAUACGGCGUAAUCUUCCUCUUCAAAUGGGUUAGCGGCCAAUCCUGCAACUCGACUACGCCGCAAGAUGGCACCUACGACCGUGGCGCAACCGAUGACGGCCUCUUCUUUGCAGCUCAAACCAUCCAGAACGCCUGUGGCACGCAGGCCGUCCUCUCCGUAAUUCUCAACCAAGAUUCCUCGUCCCAGUCCUCACAAAUGGGUAUCGAUAUCGGGCCCGAGCUCCGCGGUUUCAAGGACUUCACGACAGGUUUCCCACCAGACCUGCGCGGGGAGGCGCUUAGCAAUUCCACACGGAUUCGCAACUCGCACAAUGCCUUUGCGCGCGCUUCGCCGUUCGUCGACGAGACGUCCCGUCCAUCUAUCUCCGAGGAGGAUGCUGAGCUAUACCAUUUCAUAGCAUACACUCCAUUUAAAGGUGUCUUGUAUGAAUUGGAUGGAUUGCAGCCCUUCCCCAUUAGCCAUGGGCCGUGUGAGGAAGGGUCGUUUCCAGAAAAGGUUAUUGAGGUGUUGCAGAGGAGGAUUGCCCGGUACCCGGAGGGGGAGACUCGGUUUAAUCUGAUGGCCGUAGUGAAGGAUCUCAGGGUGCGGGCGCAAGAGAUAGGGGAUGUAGAGAUGUUGGAGAGGCAGAAGAGGAAGAGGAGAGCGUGGGCAAGCGAAAAUGCGUUGAGGAGGUGUAAUUUUAUCGGGUUUAUUGGGGAGGUGGCUAAGGGUGUUGUCGGGAUGAAGAUUAAAGAAGGGGAGGAGGCCUACGAGAAGUGGGUUGAGGACGCAAAGAAAGAGACACAGCGGAGGUUGGAAUUGAGGAGGGCGAGAGGGGUGAGUGGGGGGGAUCUGGAGUAG